CAACCGUGAUGACUGUCAUUAAACAGUUUGCUGACACAGCCUUUUGUUUACUUUAUUCUUUUACAGUGUUACUUCUAGGCCACUCCUUUCUUUGUGCCUCAUCCCUGAAACAAGUCAUACUGGAUCCUGUAACAAGGUCCACAGAGAUACACAUACACACAUUACCCAAUCCUGCUCAAACACUCCCCUAGUCGUACCUAUGGAGUUCACACAUUUUUCAUUGAGAAUCCCAGUGAGUGUGAAGAGGCCGAACACCAGGAGAGAGAACAGGAUGGCCAGCACUUCCAGCUCAGUAAACGGAGACGCCAUCUCAGGAGGGCAGAGAAUAAGGAGGUGGUGAGCACUGUCGAGUAGCUCCACAGUCGUCAUGACGAUCUCACACCCGACAAUCUUCAGAGCUAUCUUCCCGUUGCCACGGUGACCUGAUCCCACUCCAUCUCCCCUCAUCUUGAGGAUCCGGAUUGGGCUGAUAUAGGACAGGGAUUACGGAUUUCCCCGGUGACAGCUUGUUGAUGAGAAAACAGAUCACACACACAGGGACGCGGAGCGGAGGACAGGAAAGUGCGCCGUGCUGGGAAUGCUUUAGGAGUAACAUCGGGAAGCGUUGCCAGGAAACAGCAGCAUGCCAGUACAGCAGAUAACUGUGGUUCCGACCAAGGAAACAGCCAGCAAUGGCAAGAGCUCUACUCGUUCAAAGGAUAAAACGGAGGGGAGGAAGGCCCCCGGGCGCUCAGGGAGUCGAUCCAGCAACAUCUCCAAGGUAACGGCUGAAUAUCAGGCCAGCAACUCCACAGCAGGACCAGCGACAGCCUCAAGAACAUCGAUCACCCCGUCUUCUCAGGACAUCUGCAGCCAGCUGACCCGUGUAGAGGAGGAUGUUACUGAAUCUCAGAAACCUGACAAGCCCACCCAAAACUCUGUGAUGACCGUCACCAGCACCACUGUGGGCUCAGCAGCUCAGGCCCAGAAGAAGCAGGUGAAGCGCCGACACCGCCGCAAGAAGAGCAGCUGCCCCGCCGACUCGGUAGAAACCAGCGGCAAACCGGAGCAGAGCGACCGCAGCCUCAGCUCUGACCGCAGCGAGCUCGGGGAGAAGAAGGAGCGGACUGCCAAGAGCCGGAGAGAGCUCCCAACUCGCCUCCGCACCGCAGGGGCCCCACCGUCAGACUCCACCUCUGAGGAGGAAGCGGGACGAGAGGACCGCAGCUGGAGCAAAGAGAAAGCCCGGAGAGUCCGGCGCCGCAGCGGAAGCAGUCGGGAGAGGGAUGGAGCCAACGAGGGAAAAGCAGAAGAAGGCAAAACAGAGGUGAUGGAGCUGCAGUCGGUGUGCUCGGAUGAAGGGAAGGAGAACCUGCCGCUGGUGGAGGAGAGCGCAGGCCUGAAGAAGCGCAGCAGCAGCAGCCGGGCCUCUGUAAAGAGAGACGACCGCACUUCACAGAGAGAGGGCUCACAGAGCAGAGAGAAGGAGAAGAGCUCCAAGUCAGACAGCUCCUCACUGUCCGAGGACGGAGAGGAGCUCAUCACCAAGAGAUACCAGGAGAAGGGGUCAGGGGGGGGCGACAUGUCAGUGCCCACUCCUCAGAAUCACUGUGAUAUGAAUGGAGGCACACAACCGCAGUACUCUGAGGACUCUGAGAUGGAGGUCUGCAGGAUCUGCCACUGUGAGGGGGAUGACGAGUGCCAGUUGAUAACGCCUUGUCGCUGCACGGGGAGUCUGAGUUACGUGCACCAGUUCUGUCUCAACCAGUGGAUCAAAUCGUCGGACACUCGCUGCUGUGAACUCUGCAAGUUUGACUUCGUCAUGGAGAUGACGCUCAAACCUCUAUGCACAUGGGAGAAGCUACACAUGUCGAAGGCCGAGAGGAGGAAGAUCUUCUGCUCGGUGCUGUUUCACCUGUUAGCAGUAGUGUGUAUGCUGUGGUCGGUCUACGUUUUGGUCAAGAGAACCGCAGAGGAGAUCAGAAUUGGGAAGAACGACGAAUUUUGGAGAGUUUCUCUAUUGAAGUACUACUCGCCAUUUGGUGUGCUCGAGUGGCCCUUCUGGACAAAGCUGAUCGUCGUGGCUCUAGGACUUACAGGCGGCCUCAUCUUCAUGUACAUCCAGUGUAAAGUCUACCUGCAGCUGUGGCGCCGCCUCAAGGCCUUCAACCGCAUCAUCACGGUGCAGAACUGCCCCGAGAAAGACGUGCACCACCCUCAGGGCCGGCACAGCACCCUGACCAACGGCAGACAGGAAACGGUGGAGGUUCCCAUCAGCCCGGCCCCUGCCCCGGCUCCAGAGGCCCAGCAGUCGGACUCAGAGAUGUCGGUGGAGGCUGCGGUGGCACCAGCACAAAACCCUGUCUGAGCGAAUCUCGCCCCACUCACAAAGAGUCCUGAAUCACACCCUCCUCAUCUAAUGGUGAGCAGAGCUCCUUAGGGUUCACGGAGAGCUGAAAGGCUGCAGUGACUCGGAUGUGCAAGUAACAAAGAAGAGGAGAUGAGGAGAUGAAAAGGAAAAUAAAGCCAUCAGCGAGAGAUUCUUUAAAGACUUCAGUUGAUGUGAGAUUUUGAGAUGUAUUCCUGUAUGCACUUUACUGCACUGACAUGAUUUAAAGGGGAGUACACCCUGAGGAUGCUAUUAAAGGUCUCAGUAUACUUCAAACAAACAAACCUCUGUAUUUAUACCCUACAGCUUAGAAAAGGGAGCUUCAUUCAGCUGUGAGUGUGACUAAAAACACAAUUCACAAAAGCUGGAUUUCUCUCUACACAGACAUUAAUGGCAUCAGACAUGAUAUUUUUUAACAUCAAGGUCAAUUUGAAAGCCGUUUCAGGUGCUGAGGACCGACCAUUGCUUAGUUUGAAGCAUACUGAUGCCUUAACUCUUUUUCAGGACUUCAGACACCAAAGAGUCAAGAUGCGAUAAGUAGAAAAAGAUUGUCUAAACAGUAUAUUAAGCUCAGUGUAAAAUAUGUAAAUGUAAUGUUUUUGAAAAAGCUGAAUUUAUUUAUUAUCAUAGGCGAGGCUGGAAGAUCUCCUGAUUAGCUAAUCUCAAGUAGCCCAGGUGUUUAUGAUUGUAUUUUGGCACUUUGCAGCAUUAAGACUUAACACAAAGUGUGAGUCAGUAACAAGUAUACACAGAAAGAGGCUACUGUUGUUCACACCUACAGGUUUAAUUCGUUUUUUAAUCUGUCAGGUCACAGAAAAUAACACCUUCUCUGUGUAAUAGCCACCACAACAUAAAGAAAACGCAACAUCUUUGUCAACACCUUUUUUCUAUCUCUGAUUGGAUAAAAUGGCAGUAUCCAGGUUGCAUACAACUCCUAUUUGUUUGUGCAAUAAACAAUGAAUGUAGAACCCCUCACAGGCUGCUGUGGAAUUACUGAGCAUUAGAGAAGUGAAGGACAGACUGAUACAAGUUUAGUUUUCUAGAGUCUGGCACCACCUUCUGGACAGUCG